AAUCAACGGUUGAGUACGGUUGCGUCGAUCGUCGGGGAGGCCAGUAAGGUUUCGGUCGCCCACUGGUGAGGCUCGUGCAAUCAUCUCGCUCGCUUCACUCUCUACCACACUGCUAUACCAAGAUCGUAGGUUCCAGUGUGCGAAGGUCAAACUGGGACUGACGGUAGGAACGUUUUCCGUGCCGUGCCGUGUCGUGUCGUGCGUGUUGAUUUUUUGCAGUAGACUACCAUCGUUACCGUUCGCGGUCAACCAGCCGGACGGAACCAGUGAACUGUGCAGCGAUCACCAAUCGACCGAUGCGGAUGGAGUUUUGACAAGGGAAGGCCCGUGCCGCGAGAACGUAAAUAUCAUCCGAAGAACGGGUGGAAGCUGUCAAACCGGUGGUCAACGCCUCGGCUUCGGAAUGAUUAGACCGUGGCAAUCGUCAUCGUCCGUGGCACUUGGUCCACUGUUUACCGUCCUGCUUAUAUAUGCCUUUUUGCUACCUACCCCGGUGAGAUGCGCCGACCAGACGAAAGUGACUCCCGAUACGUCCAAUUUCGAGUGGAAGCUUGCCCGGGAAAUCUUCCGGCACGAGGACUCGAAUGUCGUGUUUUCACCGUUCUCGCUCAAGCUGCUGUUGACGCUGCUGUACGAGGCCAGCGAGCCGGGCUCGCAAACGCACCAGGAGCUCGAGAUUGUGCUCGGUGAGCGGAAUCUCCAGCAAAUGCGCUCCUUCUACGAUCAGUUCCUGGAGUCCUCAAUGAAAACGAACGAGGACUACGAGUUUGACAUCGGUACUAAGAUGUUUUUGGACAAAUCGCGCGGCAAACUGAACGGAGGCUACCGGGACUUGCUAGAGCAAACGUAUCGUACCUCGCUUGAGUCGCUAUCGUUCAAUGGGGCAAAGGUAGCGGCAGAUCGGAUCAAUCAGUGGUGCGAUAAGAUCACGCAAGGACGCAUCUCACAGCUGGUCAACGAAGAUACGAUCGAAGGCUCGGUACUGAUCUUGGCAAACGUGCUGUUUCUGAAGGCGUCUUGGAAAAACUCGUUUCUGGACGAGAACACGCGUGACCAAAUUUUUUACGUGACUGACAACACCAGCGUGACGGUGCCGUUUAUGAGCCAAACCGAUCUGUAUGACUUCACCGAGCAUGCGGAACUGGGAGCGAAGGUGUUACGGUUACCGUACAAGGGACGCCAGUUCAGUAUGAACAUGGUGCUACCCUUCCCGAACACCUCCCUGGCAACCGUCAUCGAUCGCCUGUCGGUUGAGAUGCUGCAGUCCGUGAGCGAUCGGUUCGUGAGGGAAGAGGUGAUCGUUACUAUUCCCAAGUUUAAGUUCAACUAUGGUAUCCUGAUGAACGAAGCAAUGCAAGCGCUGGGUGUAAAGGAUAUCUUCAAUCGGAAUGCAUCCCUUCCGUUGCUGUCACCCGUCAACAACUCCACGAAACCGAACAGCGUGGAGGUGUCCAAGAUACUGCAGAAAGUGGGCAUCGAGAUCAACGAGAAGGGAACGCUUGCCUUCGCCGCCACAGAGAUUCAGCUCGUCAACAAAUUCGGUUACGAUGGCGAUCCGUUCGAGUUCGAUGCGAACCGACCGUUCGUGUUCUACAUUUUGGACGAGGAAACGAAUACUGUGCUGUUCGUGGGCAAGGUGAUCGAUCCAUCCGGAAGUACCUACGACAUGGCAUCGCUGCGACCAGAACGGUGUACACGAAUUAUCUGCUGUCUACUGCUGGCACUGUUCAGCGACAUAGCGACAUCGCGAAAUGUCUUCAAAAGUCGUUUCCUCGAAGAGUAUCAACCGUACGCGGGGCCGUGGAAUGAUGAAUUUGACUGGAGAUUGAUAAAGGAGAUUCUGCCUAAAGUGCCGGGCAAUGUGGUGCUAUCACCGAUAUCGGUCAAAACGCUGCUGACACUGCUGUACGAAGGGAGUGCAACACGAUCGGAGACGCAACGUGAGCUAAGUCGAACGCUCGGAAUCGACGAUCCGCAGUCCGUGAGCAAGCUGCAGGAGGAUCUGCGUCACUACAAGAGCCAAUCGACCGAAGGACUGCUUAUUACGGAUCGGGUGUUCCACAACGUUUCGAUUCCGGUGACGCACAAGUACCGCAUCAUUAUCAAUGACCAGUACAAUGCGUCAACGGAGGAGAUCAAUUUUGGCGAUCCCGAUGCGGCGUCCGUUCACAUCAACCGUUGGAUCUCUCAUAACACCGGUGGACUAAUCGAGGAUGUCGUGCGGGCGGACACGCUACGUGAUACGCUGCUACUGCUGAUCAAUACGGUCUACUUCCGGGGUAACUGGGUUGAGCCGUUCCCCCUGAAUGCGACUGCCGAGCGACCAUUCUACGCCACCGGACGCCCUACCACCGGAAAUGCCACCUUUAUGAAGCAACGCGAACAUUUGUUCUACCAUCGACGCUCGGCCCAGCUGGGCGCACAGAUUCUGCGCCUGCCCUACCAGCAGAAUCAGCUGGCAAUGAUCGUGGUGUUGCCGGAAGAAGGGCAAUCGUUGGAUCAGCUGUUGGUGCGCCUUACACCCGAUGCCAUCCAUGGUGAGCUGUCCGAGCUGUUUGAGGAAGAGAUCGAUUUGGAGGUGCCAAAGUUUAACAUUCGAUAUGCGGGAUCGUUGCGUGAACCACUGCAGCGACUUGGGCUGGCACGGAUCUUCGGCGAUCAGGCCGAACUGCCACUGAUUGCGCGUGGGCUGUCCACGCCGCUCAAGGUUAGCACGAUCUUGCAAAAGAGCUGCAUCCAGGUGGACGAACAAGGCACCCAGGCAUCGGCGGUCACCGAAAGCUCGCUCGUCUUCACCAUUCUCAGCGAACCGGUCAAGUUUAUCGCCAACCGACCCUUCCUGUUUCUAAUUCUUGACGAAUCCAAAGGCACCUGGCUGUUCGCCGGGAAGGUUGAGGAUCCCUCGACGUAAGCGGAAUGCUAAAGACGCAGCCGGGAUCGCUAAUUGGAUCGAAACAAAAGAAUAAUAAAGAUGACGCGUUCGGUCAAACAA